AUGGCUUUCCGCAACAGCAAAGACGAUGCUGAGAUCGCUGGCUUUCCGUCGCAUGGCUCCUCGCGAGAGAAGGAUAUGGCCCAGCGGAAUCCUAGUGUGUCGUUGGCGGUACCGAAGCGUACAAUGUCACUUACCGACUGCAUUGGCGCCGGAUGGGUCAUCUCUCAGAGCUGGGCAGGUCUUGGUGCCACGAUGGCAUUCAGCAUCUAUCAAGGGGGUCCGGUCACGAUCGUGUACGGCAUGAUCCUCAUUCUGUUCACGAUGGGAUCGACAGCGCUCUCAUUGGCAGAGCUGUCCGCUCGGUAUCCUACGUCAGGUGGUCAAUAUCACUGGACGGCGAUACUAUCUCCCUCGAGGUUUCGGCGGAGUACAAGCUACAUUUGCGGUUGUAUUAAUAUGUUCAGCUGGAUUUCGAUCAGCGCCGGGGUGUGCAUCCUUCCAUGCCAGAUGAUCACGGCCAUCGCAACCUUUUUCCACCCAAAUUACCUCUUCGAAAGAUGGCACAUCUUCCUCGAGUUCCAGGCAUUCAACAUCGCGUUUCUGCUUUUCAACAUCUACAUCAUUGAAAGGGCACAAUGGAUCCAUACUGUUGGCUUUGUUGGGUCUAUCACAGCUGUUGUUGUUAUCUUCGUCACUUGCCUUGCCACCUCCGCUCCGAAAUCUCCCUCGGAAUACGUAUGGACUCACUUUGUGAACCCCGACAGUGGCUGGCCCAACGGAGUCGUCUUCUUGACCGGCCUUGUCAGCCCUAACUAUAUGUAUGUUGGCAUUGACGGCGCUGUCCAUCUUGCAGAAGAGUGCGUAAACGCCGCAGUCGCCGUGCCCAGGACCAUCGUUUUGGUCAUUGUGGUAGGAUUCCUCACCGCCUUCCCCUUUGGAAUCGCGAUGCUGUACUCGGUGACGGACUGGGAGGCGAUCCUCACGACGCCUACGGGUGUGCCGAUCUACCAGAUCUUCCUGCAGGCCACCAAAUCUGCCGCUGGCGGCACUGUCCUUUUCAUCAUGAUGCUUGUAUUCGCCUACUUCGCGCUCAUUGCCUCCAUGCAAUCCGCAUCACGAUUGACCUGGUCCUUUGCGCGUGACGACGCAAUCAUUUUCUCGCGCUUCUUCUCCCGAAUCCAUCCGACGCUCAAUGUGCCUGUAUGGGCGCUUCUCUUCAACUCCUCGGUCAUGUUCCUCCUUGGCUGCAUCUAUCUUGGCUCAACCACCGCCUUCAACGCCCUCAUUGGGGUCGCCGUGGUGUUGCAACAAUUGGGCUUCGCGAUUCCUGCUGCCCUGCUCAUGUAUCGGAGGCGUGCGCCAGAGUACUUGCCUCGCAGGGUGGGAAGCUUCUUCACGCACUUCAAUCUUGGUGCCUUUGGCUGGGUAUGCAAUGCCGUGACCGUCGCCUGGGCGAUCAUCAUUCUCAUUUUCUUUGAUUUCCCAAACGCUAUUCCAGUCACGGGCCUGACGAUGAACUACAUCCCUGCCGUAUUAGGCGGUAUGGCUGUCUUUGGUAUUAUCAACUGGUUCUCACACGCCAGGAAAUACUAUUAUGGACCGGUUAUUGAUGUGGAGCACUUCAAAGAGCAGACAGAAGGGAUGUGCGUGUCAGUGCAAGAGAUGCCAUCAAGUACGGUGCAUUUUUGA